UUUCCCAUUUUGUAGUUUAAGAUACACUAAGCUCAAUUCACACUCAGCUCAUUCCACAAACAAUGGACAUUCGUCUUUUCAUACUUAUUGUUGCAUGCACACUUGUCCCUUCUCUCAAAGCUUCCACAGCAAUUAGUUCUAUCCAAGUGUCCCAAAUCAUGAGAGAUGGGGAGACUUUAGUAUCAAAUGGUGGAAGAUAUGAACUUGGGUUUUUCAGCCCAGGCAAUUCCCAGAAACGUUACCUGGGCCUUUGGUACAAGAAUAUCCCAGUGAAGAAAAUCCUUUGGGUUGCUAAUAGGGCCAACCCCAUCAAUGAUUUCUCGGGUAUCUUAACACUCAACACCACUGGCAAUCUUCUUCUCACCCAAAAUGGGUCUCUUGUUUGGUGUACUAACUCUCACAAACAAGCACAGAAUCCGGUGGCAGAACUCUUGGAAAGUGGCAAUCUUAUGAUAAGAGAUAAGGGAGAAACAAACAAAGAGUAUUUAUGGCAGAGCUUUGACUAUCCAUCUGAUACACAAUUGGCUGGGAUGAAGUAUGGAUGGGACCUCCGAAAAGGUUUCGAAUGGAAAUAUACUUGUUGGAAGAGUCCAGAUGAUCCAUCUCCAGGAGACUUUUCUCGGGUUUUAAAACUCUACAACUAUCCUGAAUUUUAUAUAAUGAAGGGAACACAAAAGUGGUUCAGGUUUGGACCUUGGAAUGGCCUACGUUUUACAGGAUCACCAAGUGUAUAUAACAACACCAUUUUUUAUAUCAAUAUUGUCAGCAAUAUGAAUGAGACUUACUACACAUAUAGCCUUGCAAAUAGUGCAGUCAUCACAUUUAGUGUGAUUAACGAAACAGGUAAAUUGUAUCGCUAUGUGUGGGCUGAGGAUGAUCAAAAUUGGAGCACGUUUAGAUAUUUCCCGAGUGAGUUUUGUGACACAUAUGGCCUCUGUGGACCCAACGGGAACUGCGUGAGUACCCAAACACAAGCCUGUCAAUGUUUGAAAGGUUUUAAACCAAAGGCGCCGCAAAAAUGGAACUCGUCUGAUUGGCGUGGAGGAUGUAUCCGUAAUGAACCGUUGAGUUGCAAAGGUAAAGACGAAGAUGGGUUUAACAAAUUUGAAAGGCUAAAAAUUCCAGAUACUACAUAUACUUGGUUGGAUGAGAGUAUUGAUCUAGAGGAAUGCAGAGUGCAGUGUUUGAGUAAUUGUUCUUGCAUGGCCUAUACUAAUUCAGACAUAAGAAAUGGAGGUAGUGGAUGUGUCAUGUGGUUUGGGGAUCUCAUUGAUAUUAAACAAUAUGAAAGUGAAGGACAAGAUCUAUAUAUCAGGAUGCCUGCUUCAGAGUUAGAACCUGUUUAUAGGCACAAGAGAAACACGGCAGCAGUAGUUGCUUCCAUCGUUGCAGCAAUUUGUGGUGUUCUUUUGCUGAGUGCUUGUUAUAUCUACAGAUUCCGGAGGAACAGUACUGAGCAAUCAUUGAUAGAACAAUGUGAAGAUAAUUUGGAUGUCCAAAUGUUUGAUCUAUUCACCAUUGCAACUGCCACUGACAACUUUUUCAAUGCAAAUAAGAUUGGUGAAGGUGGUUUUGGACUUGUAUACAAGGGAAUAUUAGUGGAUGGGCAAGAGAUUGCUGUAAAGACUCUAUCUAGGACCUCGUGGCAAGGAGUGACAGAGUUCAUAAAUGAAGUCAAAUUGAUUGCAAAACUCCAGCAUCGAAAUCUUGUUAAACUUCUUGGUUGUUGCAUUGAAGGACAAGAAAAAAUGCUUGUUUAUGAAUACAUGGCAAAUGGCAGUCUAGACUAUUUCAUAUUUGAUGACAGAAAAAGUAAUUUGCAGUGGGCUCAACGCUUCCAAAUAAUCUGUGGAGUUGCAAGAGGGCUUAUGUAUCUUCAUCAAGAUUCGCGCUUGAGGAUUAUCCAUAGAGAUCUCAAAGCAAGUAAUGUUCUUCUUGAUGAAAAUUUAUGCCCAAAAAUCUCAGAUUUUGGAUUGGCUAGAAUAUUUGGACGCGACCAGAUUGAAGGAAACACAAGUAGGAUAGUUGGAACCUAUGGGUACAUGGCACCGGAGUAUGCUGUUGAUGGUUUCUUCUCUGUGAAAUCUGAUGUUUUUAGCUUUGGCAUUCUAAUGUUGGAAAUUAUAUGUGGCAAGAAAAAUAGAAGACUUUAUAGUACAGAUAAGAAUCUUAACCUUGUUGAUCACGCACAAAGAAUAUGGAAAAAGGGUAGGGCACUAGAGUUAGUUGAUUCAAAGAUAAAAGAAUCAUGCAUUGAAUCAGAGGUACUACGUUGCCUCCAUAUUUGUCUUUUAUGUGUGCAACAAAACCCAGAAGAUAGGCCCACAAUGACUUCUGUAAUUCUAAUGUUGGAAAGUCACAUGGAAUUGAUUGAGCCUAAACUACAUGGUUUUAUUACGAAAGAUGUUUCACAUGAAGAAGAUUUAUACCCAAAUCAGAAACACACAAGCACAACCAACUAUGUAACCAUGUCCACGUUGGAAGCUCGAUGACUGAUAAAAUGUUAAUGAGAUAUGCACUAAAUGUAGAUAUGUCUACAAAUAUUUGUAAGAACUUAUUUAUGA